AUUAAAAAGACAUUAUUUGACUGUUUUAAUAUCCAGGCACCAAUGAUGAACUCUAUGAUAGAAACUUGCAUAAUCAUGAUCCGUGAGAAGGAACAAAUUGAACAAGCACAGAAUGCUGCAGACCCAAGUGAAGAAAGUAACGGCGUUAACUCUAAAAGCCACGCAGCAGCAACUUCAGUACAAACCAGUAGCACCCUCGUGCGCCCUCUGUUCGCUCGACAGAACACAGUUACGAAAAAUCGACCCGAGAAACUCAGCUUUACCCGUCUUUCUGACUCUGACAAACAGCUGCUUUUCGAUAAAGCGGCCACUUUGACAUCUGAUGAUAGCGUAAAUUUAGACGAAAAAAGUUUUUUCUUACGGCUGUGCGCCGGGAGUCAAUCACGCAGUCCCUCUGACAGCAGAGAAGUCCUAAUCUACCGAUAAAGAUAGCACCACAGUUGACACACCAAGCCCAACCACACCUACAGCUGGAAAGGCAAAAAAAAGAUUUCUAAAAACACUCAGCAGACAUAAAGAUAUUGAGGUACUAAAAGAAGAAAGAAAUGAAUUAUUGUGACCUGUACAUUACCGCCAUCGUGUGUAAACUAUAUACCAUCAACUGGAUUUGAGAGAUGAGUAAUAUUAGAAGUAUUUUUCAAACAUAAUGUAUGCAAUUUUCUGAAAUAUUGGGUUAACCCUUUUGAGACGAGAUAUAUUUUAAUAAAUUAGUUUUUUGGCUCUUUAGCGACAUAGAUGUUCAUGCCAGCAAAAAAACAAUCAAUUGAAGAUUUUUUAGCUUGGUAGGUUUUUAAAAUCCAACCCUUUUGUGCCCUUUAAAACUGCAUUACAAUAUUUGGCCUUUAUUUAUUAACAUAAUACAUAUUACAUAGUCAUGUAUUUAGACUUGCAGAAGAUACUGUAAUACAUGUUACAGACUAAUGUAUAAACACUGUCACAUUGAGUUUCUUAUCACUGCACUUUACAAACAUUUUUUCCACAAUGCUGCAUUUACCUGUAGCAUUACUUACACCAGAUAGUUUGUAACUGUUGCACUUAUAUUGCUCUGUAUUUUUUUCAUUCAUAUUUAGUUAGCAUAGUUCUAACUAAAAGUUGGCUGGUGCUUUUCCACCAAAAUAACCUUUGUACAUUUGUAGUUGCCAUAACAACAACCGAAUCAACUAAAAUAAAUGCCUUUCGUGAUCAUAGUUGUCUUUUCUUUGUAACCCAGUAUUUUAAUGACAUUUCCUCUCCUUUGCACUUUAUUAAAUAGUUGAUGUUGUAUCGUGGCUUCACCAAAUAAAAUGUAUCUUCGUUAGAAA